CAAAAUGUUUUAUUCAACCCAAAUCGUAUUAUUAGUACUUGGCUUGAAUGCAAUUGGUUUUGUCUACACCGAAAUCAUUAUUAAAGGCACGAAGUUAAUCUGUAUUCCAAAUUACAAAUAUUUAAUAAAUCACACAUGUCGUCUCAAGGCUGUUAAUCGCUACAAAAGUGUAGUCUUUAUGGAUGCCUACAUCAGAAAUCAGUUAAAUAAUGUAACCGUUAAUGCUGCCCUCUAUGCCCGCAAUGAUGUCAACACCUAUAAUCCAUUUCUGAUCAAUUUCACUCAAAACAUUUGCUGGUAUCUGUGUAAUCACCGAUUCGGAACAUACAUGAAGGUAUUCAUGGAUGUUUUAUUUCGUUAUACCAACGUCAAUCAUUCCUGUCCAUAUGAGGGGCUUUUAGUGGCAAAGGGUUUAUAUUUUGAAGGAAAUUCCAUGUCAGCAUUGUUUCCAAAAGGUUCGUACAAGGGAGUUUUCAUUUUUUACGAAGGUUAUCCCUUGGACCACAUUGGUACAGUGGAGUAUUAUGCCGACUUGUAUGAUGUCAAGAAAAUGCAAAAGAAGAACUAGGAGCGAUUCAAAAUGCAUUAUUUGUUUUUAGAAAUAUAAAAUUCAUGUGAAACUGUUACUAACUCCU